AUGGGAUUCGAGCUGGACCGCUUCAAUGGAACAGUAGACCCGGAUUUGAAAUGCAAUCUGUGCAAUAAAGUUCUGGAAGACCCGCUGACGACUCCUUGCGGCCACGUCUUCUGCUCUGGCUGCGUUUUACCUUGGGUAGUCCAGCAAAGUAGCUGUCCCGUUCAAUGCCAACGAAUCUCCUCCAAAGAGCUGAACCACGUCCUGCCUUUGAAAAACCUCAUCCUGAAGCUGGACAUCAAAUGUGACAACCAUGUGCGAGGCUGCGAUGCGGUGGUGAAGCUGCAGGAUCUGGCUGAGCACGCCGGGAUGUGUGACUAUUCACCGGUUAAGUGCAGGAAUAAAGGAUGCAGCGAGGUACUCAGCCUUCGGGACAUAGAUGCUCACAUGCGGGAGACGUGCGACUUUCGGGUGGUGGGGACCUGCGAAAGCGGUUGCGGCUUGACGCUCACGCUCAAAGAGCAGCGAUUAAACGACCACUGCUGCGUGAGAGCCCUGAAGGCGCACAACAGCGUGCUACAAUACAAAAUGAUGUGCCUGGAUAGCGAGUUCAAGAAGCAAACUAUCGAGGCUAACAAGAGGGAGAAAGCACUUUUGGCACAACUUUCCGCCGCUCAUGGUGAGCUGCAGAUGACGGCGGUGAAAUACCAGAAAAAGUUCGCAGAGUACAGCGAGAGGAUUGACUCUCUCACCAGAACAGUGACUUUCUCCUGCAAGGAAAGAGAUACUAAAAGCGUGGCAGUUGUCCUUCUUCGUGAGGGUGGAUCUCUGGGAUUUAACAUCAUGGGAGGAAAGCCAUGUGCGGAUGACAAUGACAGCACUUCAAGUGAGGGCAUCUUUGUGUCAAAAAUCAUUGAGAAUGGACCAGCCGACAAAGAGGACGGCCUUAAAAUCUACGACCGGAUUAUAGAGGUUAAUGGCAAGGACCUAUCAAAAGCAACCCAUGACCAAGCAGUGGAAGCAUUCCAUACUGCCAAGGAUCCCAUUAUGGUUCAGGUUUUGCGCCGAGCUCCUCUGCCCAAACUGCUCUCCCCCACCACUGAAACCAAACUGUCAGACAUCAGCACCCAAACCGAAAUCACCCUUCAACACAUUAUGCCCCUUGCCAAGUUGCCAUCACCCUCAAACUCGGUGAAAGUGCUCAAGGAUUUCCUACUUCCAGAGGAGCAUCCUCCAGGCCAUGCAUAUUUUGACCCCAACGAUUUCCUGGAUGGUAUUAAUCAGGACAUAGAACGUGAAGAGUUAGAAUAUGAGGAAGUAGAUCUGUACAGAGCCAACAUCCAAGACAAGCUUGGCCUGACAAUCUGUUACAGAACUGAUGAUGAGGAUGAAGCUGGGAUCUACAUUAGUGAGAUUGAUCCAAACAGCAUUGCAGCUAAAGAUGGCAGGAUUAGAGAAGGUGACAAAAUUGUCCAGAUCAAUGGAAUCGAGAUCCAAAACCGUGAAGAUGCAGUUGUGCUCCUGACCAGUGAAGGGAACCAGAAUAUCUCUUUAUUGGUUGCGCGACCACAUAUACAGCUGGAUGAGGGCUGGAUGGAUGACGAUAGGAAUGACUUCCUCGAUGAACUCCACAUGGACAUGCUGGAGCAGCAGCACCAUCAGGCCAUGCAGUUCACUGCCAGCAUGUUGCAGCAGAAGAAGCAUGAGGAAGAUGGAGGCACCACCGACACAGCAACACUUCUUUCCAAUCACCACGAAAAGGACAGUGGAGUUGGUCGUACUGAUGAGAGUACAAGGAACGAUGAGAGUUCAGAACAGGAGAACAUUGCUGAUGACCAUACGACAGCAUCCAACACACUGAGCAGCUACAGAAAACUGACUUACAGCCAGGACACACUCGGAAGUACUGACCUGCCUUUUAGUGGUGAGUCAUUUAUCUCCGCAGACUACGCCGACACCGACUUUCUUGGUAUCCCUGCGGAUGAAUGUGAGCGCUUCAGAGAACUCCUGGAACUCAAGUGCCAAAUGAGGAAUGGAGGGAUUCAGGGAUUGUAUACCAAAAGUGGUGGGGCAGAAGGCCAAGACCAGGAGGUUGUGGACAAAGAGCUGGAGCUGCUCAAUGAGGAACUGCGUAACAUCGAGCUUGAGUGCCUUAACAUUGUCCGUGCCCACAAGAUGCAGCAACUUCGGGAGCAGUGUCGUGAGUCCUGGAUGCUCCACAACAGCGGCUUCCGCAACUACAAUACAAGCAUAGAUGCCCGUCGCCAUGAGCUCUCAGACAUUACAGAGAUGCCAGAGAAAUCUGACAAAGACAGCUCCAGUGCUUACAAUACUGGUGAGAGCUGUCGAAGUACUCCUCUCACAUUGGAGCUGUCUCCAGACAACUCUUUGCGUCGUGCGGCAGAGGAUCAAGCUGGGCCAUCGAGCUCAAACAGCAAGGUGCUCAAACCUCUCCUGUCCCCUCUCAUUGAGGUUUGUGGCCCUAGCAAGGGCACAGCUCUUUCAAAAGAUCCAGAUACUCUGCAGGUAGAAAGCAAGGAGCGAAAACUGGGAGAGCCCAGCAAACCCGGAAGGAGCUUUGUUCAGCCACGCUCGCCUUACAAGCAUGCACACAUCCCCGCCCAUGCCCAGCACUACCAGAGCUACAUGCAACUGAUCCAGCAGAAAUCAGCUGUAGAGUAUGCCCAAAGUCAAAUGAGCCUGGUCAGUAUGUGUCGAGACACAAUCGCUUCCGGUGAACUGGGCCAGAAGAUGGAGUGGAAGGUUAAGGUCCGCAGCGAUGGUACCCGCUAUAUUACCAAGCGGCCAAUUCGGGACAAGCUGCUGAGGGAGCGUGCCAUGCGCAUACAUGAAGAGCGCAGCGGUAUGACCACGGACGACGACGCCAUUAGCGAGCUGAAGAUGGGCCGCUACUGGAGCAAGGAAGAAAGGAAGCAGCAUGCAGUCCGGUCGAAGGAACAGAGACAACGUCGCGAGUUCAUGAAGCAAAGCCGAGCCGAAUGUCUGAAAGAGCAGGUCAACCCAGAGGAAAAAAAGGAGCCCAACAUCAUUGAACUCAGCAAUAAAAAGAUGAUGAAAAAGAGAAAUAAGAAAAUAUUUGACAACUGGAUGACCAUCCAGGAACUGCUCACCCAUGGUACCAAGUCACCAGAUGGCACUAAAGUUUACACCUCACUCCUGUCUGUGACCACGGUUUAA